CAUGGUCAAGUCUAAGCAAGGCUAUGCCCCACUCUUUGAAAACCCACCUUCAAUUGAGUCACCCUCUCCGAAACGAGCGACCAAGAAGCAACGCACCCCCGAAUCUUCACAAAAGCGCAUAGCGGUAGCGCUACCCACUGAAGAGCCGGCUCAACCUUCCACAAGCUUUUUCUCACGCGUGGGCUCCUCUCUUUGGGGAGCUUUUGGCAGCACUGCACCUGCACCUCUUCCCCUUCACCCCGCCUUGGCCAAGAUCAAUCACCUCCCUAAAGUGGAACCAUGGACGAAAACUCACUACAAAACCCUCGACAAGCUGUACCAAAAGCACAUCAGAAACCCCUCUCUUCUUAGCCCGCACCAUUCCUCUCCCUCAAGCUCGCUCAACACCAGCCUUCGUGACGAUUUCCUGGACAAAACCGGCCUACCGUUCGUCGGUGCCACAUUCUCGGUCUGGAGAUACUCCAUUCAGUUCGACGAUGGCCUUGUGGUACUCUGCGCUGCGUACAUGCAGCUCCUCUCCCUGACCGACAUCGCCGAGUACGAAGCGAAAUCUGGGAAAGCGAUUCAAAUGGGUGACUGUGGGCCUCGCAAGGCAGGAAUCGUGAUUGAGGGUGAAGAGGUUGCGAAGAGGUUAGCGACGGUGAUUAUUGGUGAAGAGCUCAGGCGGGAUGAGAAGAGGGGCCGAAAAAUUCAUAGGGAAGGAUCUUUGCAGAUAGAGUGGCCAAAAACUUAG